GACUCCGGAAAUGUGUGCAGGUGAACACCAGCGGCUUCCGGUCACAUAUGUUUUGAAUUUUUUUGAAAGCUAGAGCUUCACAGAAGCAGACAUGUCCACGCUGUUCCCCUCUCUGUUCCCCCGGAUCACUGAGACCUUGUGGUUCAACCUGGACCGUCCCUGUGUGGACGAGACCGAGCUGCACCAGCAGGAGCAACAGCACCAAACCUGGUUGCAGAGCAUUGCUGAGAAGGACAACAACUUGAUGCCCAUUGGGAAACCUAUUUUUGAGGCCGGAUAUGAUGAGGAAGAAGAGGAGGAUGACGAGGAUGAGGAGGACAGCGAGGAAGACUCAGAAGAUGAAGAAGACAUGCAGGACAUGGAUGAGAUGAACGACUACAAUGAGUCACCUGAUGACGGCGAGAUCAAUGAGGUGGACAUGGAGGGUGCAGACCAAGACCAAGACCAAUGGAUGAUUUGAGAAAAAAGACUUUUUUAGCCUGGCACUGGGUUCCUACUCUGCACUUAAAACCUGACUGCUGGUCCCUCAGUGUGUGACACAAAUAUAUUUUUUAUUUGUGUAAACAGGAAAAGAAUAUAGUUGCUUGAACCAUGAUAUUCUUCAGUGGGAGGUUGAGUAAAUCCGGCACAGAUGUCUAAUUUUGAGCUGCAGUCUGCCUUGAAGGCUCGUGGACAUCAGUGGACGCUGCUUAGAGUGUUGCUACCUGGUCACAUGCAGAGAAUGGGUGUGAAAAUACUGUGUGCAUGCCUGUGCACGUCAUGUUUUUGUCAUUUUCUUUUGCAGUUCCCCCUGCUCUAAAAUCCACACACGCACACACAUGUCAGCCCAAUGAACCUUGACCAUGUCAUAUUAUCAGUCAUGUGCCACCUCUCCGAGAGUCUCCAAACAGCUGACUGAGCAUAAACAAUUUGUCAGUCAGCUAAAUAAUUUGUUACUUAUGAAGGAGACGUACAGAGACUUCACCAUAUAGUAACUUCCUUAAUCCAACUCUGACAUUUUUUAGACAACUGUGUGUGUUAAACGUUAAUAUUUUGUUACAGAUAUCACAUCUUCAGUGGAAUUUUCAUGAAAUUUUUCUGAAAUAGUAUUAUGUUCAUACAAAAAAUGUUUGUCAGUGAAACAUAUUUUAAUAGUUUUUUUUAAACUUUUGAAUUUGAUAAAGCAGUCAGAAUGUUAAUUAAAACAGGAAUUCACACAGUGUCCAUCAAUAUUAUGUGGUGUCUGUCCUAGAUUUGCUUACCAAGGCUGUGACUCUUUGUAUUUAAAUGAACGGAUGCCUUGACUAUUUGUAUUAAAUUAACUCAUUUUGAUUAAAUCUGGGUUUCAUCUUUCUACUCUA